AAGGAAGAAUUACCUGAUCCAAAAGAUUUAGAACUGUAUGAAUUCCGCUUCAGUGACUUUCCUGUUACAGAGCAUGGCCUGAUAACUUGUGGAAUACGACUGUUCUUUGAGAUAAAUGUUGUUGAAAAGUUCAAAGUUCCAGCUGAGGUCCUUACAAGAUGGAUGUACACAGUCAGGAAGGGUUAUCGAGAUAUCACUUACCAUAACUGGCGACAUGGAUUCAAUGUGGGACAAACAAUGUUUACUUUGCUGAUGACAGGCAAGAUAAAGAAAUACUAUACUGAUCUAGAAGCAUUCGCCAUGGUGGCUGCUGCCUUCUGUCAUGACAUUGAUCACAGAGGGACCAAUAACUUGUAUCAGAUGAAAUCAGCUGCUCCUCUGGCAAAACUUCACGGCUCUUCCAUUUUAGAAAGGCAUCACCUAGAGUACAGUAAAACCCUACUGCAAGAUGAGAGUUUAAACAUCUUCCAGAACCUAAAUAAGCGCCAGUUUGAAACUGUUCUACACUUAUUUGAAGUUGCAAUAAUAGCAACUGACUUGGCUUUGUAUUUCAAGAAAAGGACUAUGUUUCAAAAGAUUGUGGAUGCAAUUGAAAAAAUGGAAACAGAAGAGGAGGCAAUCAAAUACAUAUCUAUUGAUCCAACCAAAAAAGAAGUCAUAAUGGCUAUGAUGAUGACUGGAUGUGAUCUGUCUGCUAUAACCAAGCCUUGGGAAGUGCAAAGUAAGGUUGCCCUCAUGGUUGCAAACGAAUUCUGGGAGCAAGGUGACCUGGAACGAACUGUGCUACAGCAACAACCAAUUCCUAUGAUGGACAGAAACAAAGGAGAUGAACUACCUAAGCUCCAAGUUGGUUUCAUAGAUUUCGUGUGUACAUUUGUGUACAAGGAAUUCUCAAGGUUUCACAAGGAAAUUACACCUAUGUUUGAUGGUCUUCAAAACAACAGGGUUGAAUGGAAAACACGAGCUGAUGAAUAUGAAGAGAAGAUGAAAAUUAUUGAGGAACAAAAGAAAAAGGAAGAAGAAGAAGCUGCCAAAAAAGCUGAAAAUGCAGCAGGAGCUGGUGGCGGAAGUGGAGAGGAUGGAAAAUCCAAAACAUGUAUAAUUUUGUAAUUCUUUGUCUCAGACACUGUUUCUGCUACAGAAAAGACAUCUAGAAAUAAUUUCAAUGAGCCCCAGAGGAUUUCUUCUUCGCAUAGAAUAGUAUAGAUCAGUCUCUUAACAAUCCUCUUAAAACGCCAUUUGUUGGAAAGAAUUUUUAAUGGAGUAAACAAACAGUUACAAUUAAAAACCGGAAAAUUAAAAGAUAAUGGUGUGAAAUUAGUUAACUGUGCACUCUAGAUAUUUUUUCAUGUCACUCAAUUUAUAUACAGUAUUUUUAUUAAAAUAUGUAACUUCUGCACACAGGAAAAAUAUAAAUAAUUUUGACAGAUCUUGUAUGAAAUUACUGAAUGAAAUCUAACAUGUAAAAUUCAAGAAAAAUGUACGAUUUUUGUAACUUGUAUAUUUAGUUUUUUAUAUUAUGUGUUAUUUCCUUAUUCUGGAAUUGUCCUUUUCCUUCAUUCUCAAUACUAUAUAAGGUUCUAGAGCAAAAUCUCCUUCACUUUAGGAAUGCUCAGCAUAAUUCCCUGGCUCAUAUUUAUUAAAAACAGGUCCACGGUACACAGUAUUUCUCCAAACCUACCAAGAAUAAAUCUGUAAACUGUCGCCAUCGUUCAGAGAAACCGCU